GGAAUGGUUAAAGUUGACCCCGUGUAGUAAGUGGACUUCUGGUUGAAUCUUUGAUGUGAUUGCAGAGUCAGUGCGGGGUUGCUGCUGAAGUGGCUGCUGCUGACGUGGCUGCUGCUUUUGAUGCUGUUGCGGGAGCUGGCACUGGAAGGUGCAGUGGCUGCUGCUGCUGAAGCGGUUGCUGCUGCCGCUGCUGAAGCGGUUGCUGCUCACGUGGCUGCUGCUGUCGUGGUGACUGCUGACAUGGCACUGGAAGGUGCAGUGACUUUUGAUGUGGGUGCUGCAGCUGUUGCUGAAGCGGUUGCUGCUCACGUGGCUGCUGCUGUCGUGGCGGCUGCUAACGUGUCAGGUGCGGAUGAAACACCUGCUGACGUGGCAGACGCUAACGAUGGAGGAGGAGGUGGAGAGAAGAAGAAGAAGAUGAGGAAAGGAGGAGGAGGAGGAGGAGGAGGAGAAGGAGAAGAGGACGANGAAGAGGACGAGAAGGGAGGUGUAGGAGGUAGAGGACGACGAGAAGGAGGAGGAGGAGGAGGAGGAGAACGACGAGGGGGAGGAGGAGGAGAUGGGGGAGUAGAAGAGGAAGAAGAAGAAGAUGCGCGUGCUGACAUGCGAGCCGCGCGACGAAGACGAAGAUGACGGGGAGAAGGAGGUGGAGAGAAGAAGAAGACGACGACGAAAGGAUGAGGAGGAGGAGGAGAGGACGAAGAAGAAGAAAGGAGGAGGAGGAGGACGAGGAGAGAUUCUGAAGAAGAAGAAGAAGAAGAAGAAGAAGAAGAAGAAGAAGAAGAAGAAGAAGAAGAAGAAGAAAUCAAGAAGAAGAAGAUAAAAAAAAAAAACCGAAAAAAAUAAGGUCGCGCAUGCUGACGUGGCAGACGCACGAC